AUGAAGUCGGUACAACGUGUGUUAGGACGCGAUCUGACAAAGGUGGUUUCGGCCACAAAAGAAGAUAGAGAGACCCGCCACAUUUUAAGGACGACCUCGAAAAAGUCAUAUAACAUUCUGCUGAGUUUGAACGAGCUGAUCGACGGGCAAAAGGUUGAGGUGGUUUCUCACCCCUCACUCAACAUCAUUCAUCGUGUCGUUUACGAUAUUGAUAGCAAAAACAUGAGCAACGAAAAACUUCUUGACAAGCUGAAAGCUCAAGGAGUCAUAGCAGUGCGUAGAAUCACUAAGCUGCGCAACGGAGUAGUGAGCAAUUCUCCUCUGCUGGUGAUAUCUUUUCGUGGCUCAACCCUUCCCGAAUAUAUUUACCUCGGGCUGGCACGCACUAGCCGGAUGCCCUACUACCUGUCCCCCACGCUGUGCUACCGUUGUGGCAAAUUUGGGCACGGUACAAGGGUGUGCCCCAACAAGGAUACUUGCCUGAAUUGCAGCCUGAACCACCAAUCAGAUAAAGCUAACCCAUGCACCGACAUCCGGACGUGUAUAAACUGCAGCUGA